AUGACUUCUGUAUCUGUGGAAUGGUUUGAGGAGGAUGUUGAGGUUCAUUUUGUGUAUAGAGCUCGAAGGGUAGAGAAGGGCAGGGGGGUUCCGUUGUUGUUUUUGCAUGGGUGGCCCGGUAGUUUCAUCAAAGGAAACAAAAAAAAAGCAUUCCUCACCCAAGGAGACGAAAAUCAGCCAACAUUCGAUGUCGUGGCACCUUCACUCCCCAUUUUUGGUUUUUCGGGGGCAUAUCAAAGAAAGGCUUCGGACUCUCCCAAUACGCGGAAUUCAUGCCUGCCCUAA